CGAGGGGCGGGGAGAACGGGGAAUAGAACCGGACCCGGCUGCGGCGCCGCUCCCGCCCCUUCCCUGGGCGGUGAUGUCGGUGCUGCGCGGGCCGCGGCCCCGCGCUGCCGGCAGGAAAGGCUCCAGGAAGGCGGCGGCGGCUAAGCGGGACUGGGAUAGUACCGUCCAUGACUUGACAGUGUACCGUGCAACUCCUGAGGAUAUUCUGCGUCGCCGUGAAAUACACAAAUCAAAAAACAAAGCACUGGCACAUCUGGAACUGCAAGAGAAAGCACUGAACAGAAAAUGGAAGAAGCAAAAGCAACUGGAUGCUGGUUCCUUGGAGAAAAUGAAAUUGACUCUGAUGCGUGAGAUUCUGUCUGAUCAAUACCAUUUGCAAGAUGUAUUGGAUCGAUCUGAUCAGGUUAUUGCUGUGGCAAAAGACUUGUUUGGGGAUGCUCCUCGCACACGAACAGGUUUCCCUAAUGUAACAAUGGCUCCUAACUGUGACCUAGAAUCAUCUCAAGGACCCAUUAUACAAAAAUGUGAUCCUCCCAGUCAGCUUUCCAUCCUUAGUGAAUCUGUCAUGGAUUCCCAGGCUCUUAAUGAAGACGAAGAGGAAGCAUUAUUAGAAGAUGGACUCCCUAAUUCUUUAGGUUUCAAAUCCAGCAUCAAUUCUGACAGGCUGCUUCGGUUGUUGAGACAAGAAAAUUCCUCGGUGAAUUCUCAGUUGUGGGCCGAAAAGCAUAUGAGAAAACCCACCUUAUCACAGGAAUCAAAUGUGCCUUUGACUCCAACAGCUGUUUCUCCAUCACUGGAUCUAUCAGCCCUCAAUGCUACCAGUGUAAUCAAGAGAACCCAUUCAAGACUUCAGAAUGAAGAUGAAGAAACUGUAGACUCCACUGACAGUGUGAGACAAGUGCUGAACCCAAACUCCAGGAAACAAAAGCAAAUUGCAGCAAAGAUGAAAAGAAAGCAAGCUGCACAGAACCCUGCAAGACAGAGGAGAGACGAUUCUCCAGCUAAUUUAAACCCCAUUGACCUUCAGAGGGACAAGAAAUCCAGCCUAGAUGUUCUCAACCACAUGAUACAUGAAGUGGAGCAUGAAUUGGAGGAAUAUGAGCGAUGUACAGGUCGUGAGGUUCAAAAAAAAGAGGGAAGUGAAGGCCUCUCUGGGUUUACAUUGUCACUGGUGAACGCUCUGUGUCGUUUGAUGAGAUACCUCAAAGAGACUGAAAUGCAGCUUCAUGAGAAAGAGGUGAUGAGGCAGCAGCAGGAGGAGAUGUUGAAUGAGCACAGAGAACUGAUUGAUGCUCUGACUGCAGAAGUACUUCUAGUGAGGGAAGAAAACAUUACUAUGCAGAAUAAGCUUCAGCAGUACAUGACAGUAACAGAUGAAAAGCUGAUGUCUCUCACACAAGCAUUUAAAGGCCUCCCUUUGGUAGAACCUGAAAGAGAACAAAGCUCUAAACAUUUUGGAAUUGCAAGAAAAGGUCCAGCAGACAGCCAAGAAAAACCUGAUGUGGCCUAUUCUGAGCCCAGGACUGAGGCAGGCAAGAGGGAAAAUAUGCUGAAAUUUCCCCAGGAAGAACUUCCUUUCACGUUUCCCACGGGGCCAGGUGCCUCACAUGGUGUGGGAUCUGACAGAAACCUGCCAGCUCACAUCUUCCAGCCAGCUGUGCUGUUGUCACCCCCACAGCAGAAGAGCAGUCAGGAAUUGUCUUCCCUCCAGAAUGUGUUUACAGCCAUUUCUCAGUCUCCUGAAAACACUGAAAGAGACCCAUGCAAGGAAAGGAGCUUACCUUCCUCCCUGAAGGCACAGAGCACAACUGAGGAAAACUCUCUCAUCUCUCGAAGGCAACCAAUUCCUUCUGCAGACAAAGGCUUGGAGGGUUCCCACAAGAAAAUCAACCUGUCCUGCCAAGGUGACACUAGAAAAAACAGCACAGCUGAAGAGUUAUUUCAAAGUGGUGAUCUGCUGGGACAGAUAGCUGAGCUCACACGGCAGAAUGCGCUAAUCAAAGCUCAACUGAGCAAAUUCAGAGGUGCCUCCGGAGACGCAAGUCACCGCCCAAAUCAGCCAGACCCGAUACAAAAUGCAGAUCCUAGUCCAGACUCUUCACAAGGACAGACUCAUCUCAUGGUAUCAAAGAGCUUGGAGGAAAGAAUUGCAGAGCUGAAUCGCCAGAGUACAGAAGCACGUGAUAAACUGUUGCAGUUAAUAGACCAGCAAAAAUUAGCUGCUGAUGAUAUGGUCCCUCCAAUGCUGUCUCCUGUUCUUCCCCCAUCCCUGAAUUAUACUGAAAAUGAAAAGAGGACAGUUGAAGUGUCUGUUCCUGUGGCAGUUGGUGUGGACAGCUCCAAGGAUAAGGGGGAUUCCUCUGCCAGUAUGACCAGUAUAAGAAGGUCUGUAGGAGACUCCAGCAAACCUUGUUCACCCCCAAGUGCCACGGCAGAAAGUGUGAAAUUAACUUCUGUCAGCCAAAGACCAAAGGUAGAAAAGCAAAAAGAAGAAGGAUGGUUUGCAUUGUCUAUGCACAUUAUGUAAAGGAAGCUGCACUUAAGUCCUGUAUUUUUAAAUUUUUUUUUUAUGAACCACAGUUGAAUCAUAAUAAUACCCCUCUCCAGAUGUGCAGUUUAACUCUGAAGUGCUUUUGUGUCAGUGCCAUUAAUAUGGAAAGGUCAAUAUGCUUACUGUAUUUGUGCCAUAUAAAGCACUGUAGGAAGUCCUGGGAAUGAGGUUCCAAAUGGGACACACUGCUGUGACCUUAUACCUUUUCACCAAAUACAUCUUUCACGAGAUUGUAAACUCAGGCUGCUGUAGCAUUAUAAGUCAGCACCGAUACCUGUGUUAGGUACACUGAAGGCAGGAGGCUUUAGAAAUGGCAUGUGAAACCUUCUGGGGCGUUUAUUUGCACAAGAUAUGGGGAUGAAAAAGUCCAGAAAAACUGAGGAAAUGUACUUGGCAUUCAAAAGGAACCUGGAGAUUAGGAAGCCAGUCUGUUUCUGAUGGAUAAGAAUUUGCAUCAGAAAAAAUUUGUUCCUUCUGUGGUUUACAGUAGCUCCCAAAAGUUCUCUUUUCUGUGCAGUUAAGAUUACAUCUGGACUUGAGGAUUACUUUUCAAAAAUCUUAUUUAAUAUUUUUGUAAAUAUAAAGUGACUACUUGAAGUUGAAAUCAGACUCUUUAUUUGCUAGGUACUAAAGUAUGUGCUCUUUGAUACAAUAGAAAACUGAUAUUAAGCUGAUUUGCUAUGUGUGUAUAUAAUAUUUUAAUGACCAUGGUUUUAUAUUGGUUUUAUUUGACUUUUUAAAGUAGUCAUUAUUUUAUUAGUAAUGAUUAACAAUAAAACUUCUGAUUGUGAGAAAA